GUUGUACAACCUUAUAAAAGACACAGAUAAGAGGGAGAGCUGAACAUCUGUCUGAGCAAACACAUCUGGACAGGACUGAUUCUCUCGAUACACAGAGGCUGGCAUAAAUCCCAUAUAACGGUUUCUCUCCUGGCUGUUUACACAGAGGUGUGUGUGCACAAACAAGAAGAGACAUCUCCGUCUAAGAAGCUUCAGUUUGCAAUCUAAAAAGUCCACAGAGUUCUCUUUUUUAUAUCUUCAAUCAAGCAGCAAAGAUGGAGCGGAUGGAGGAUGAAAAGCCGAAGAAGAGGGUGACCUUAUAUCUUCUCUACUGCGUUUCAACAGCGGUCAUCGGCUCGCUUCAGUUUGGCUACAACACCGGGGUCAUCAAUGCCCCAGAGCAGAAACUGCGCAGGUUCUUCCAGAAUGUGUCGGAGGAGCGGUACGGGGAACCCUUCAGCCCCGGAGCCAACACCAUGGUGUGGAGCUUCGCUGUGGCCAUCUUCAGCGUGGGAGGCAUGAUCGGGUCGUUCUCUGUCGGAGCCAUGGUCAACAAAUUUGGCAGGCGUAAGUCCAUGCUGUUCAAUAACAUCCUGGCUCUAAUCGGUGGGGGUCUGAUGGGACUAUCGGGUGUGAGUCAAUCUUUUGAGAUGGUGAUUAUCGGCCGGUUCGUCAUCGGAGUGUUCUGCGGUCUGUGCACGGGACUGACACCCAUGUACGUGGGCGAGAUCUCUCCCACUGCUGUCCGAGGAGCCUUCGGCACGCUGCACCAGCUGGGCGUCGUUAUUGGCAUCCUGGUGGCACAGAUCUUCGGUCUGGAGUUCCUGCUUGGUUCAGACGCUCUGUGGCCUCUGCUGCUGGCUCUGACCGUCCUGCCCGCCAUAAUGCAGAGCAUCAUGCUGAUCUUCUGUCCUGAAAGCCCCCGCUACCUGCUUAUUGUGCUAAACCAGGAGGAAGAGGCAAGAAAAGCGCUGGUGCGUCUGCGCGGCUCUGAGGAUGUGAGCGAUGAUCUUCAGGAGAUGAAGGAAGAAGCGAUGAAGAUGGCCAUGGAGAAGAAAGUGACCAUCCCUGAACUCUUCCGCUCCCGCAAUUACCGUCAACCAAUCAUCAUCGCUAUAGUCCUCCAGCUCUCUCAGCAGCUGUCUGGUAUCAACGCUGUGUUUUACUACUCUACAGGCAUAUUUGAAACAGCUGGUGUGACUCAACCAAUCUACGCCACCAUAGGAGCUGGAGUUGUCAACACUGUGUUUACUGUUGUCUCUCUCUUCCUGGUUGAACGGGCUGGACGAAGGACGUUGCAUCUGAUUGGAUUGGCUGGAAUGGCCAUCUUUGCCCUCAUUAUGACCAUCUCUCUGUCUUUGGUGAAGACCAACGAUUCUCUGAGCUACCUUGCCAUCGUGGCUGUGUUUGGCUUUGUUGCCAGUUUUGAGAUGGGUCCAGGUCCCAUUCCCUGGUUCAUUGUGGCUGAGCUCUUCUCCCAGGGGCCGCGACCUGCCGCCAUGGCCGUCUCUGGUUUCUCCAACUGGACCGCCAACUUCCUGGUGGGCCUGGGCUUCCCUAAACUGGAGGAACUUUGUGGUCCUUACGUCUUCAUUAUCUUCAUGGUCUUCCUCAUCUUCUUCUUCAUCUUCACCUUCCUGCGAGUGCCUGAGACCAGAGGUCGGACCUUUGACGACAUCGCUCAGGGAUUCGCUGCCAGCGCAGGGAAACCUUCUCCGGUGUCUGAGGCGGUGGUGGCCGGGCUGACAGAGAGCAAAGAACCUGUCCCCACGUCCCCCACAGACAAAGUUCCCAUGGUGGAUCUUCCUUAGAGAGAAGAAGGAAAAUUUAGGGCACAACAACACAGAUCACAGGUUUUAAAAACAUAUGCUGCAUUUCCACUGCAUGGUACGCCACGGCUCUACUCAACUCGAGUUGCCUCUUUUUUUUUUAUUAGGAAAGGUUGUGAAUAAUACCUGGUACCUUUGUUGAUACUACUCAGUUCAGGUUUUGAGCGAGCCGAUGCUAUACGUUCGUAUACUUGUUCGUUCUUGCUCCUGACUGUUAUAAUCAGCCAUUGGAGUCAUCUGAGGCCACGGGUAAAACAGCAUUCUAGAUUUGGAUACAUAGGUCUCCUCGUCUGUUGAGGGAUGGCUUCUCUACACAAUCAAUCGCACAACAACAACAGCAACCACAAUUUGUUUUUCAGUCACCCCAGAUAUUAAAAACUGGCAGCCCUCAAAACUAAGUUGUACACUACACCGUACACAAGUGCAGACAUUCCACUGUUUAGUUGCUGAUGAAAGGAUACAGCAGGUGUUGCAUUGAAGAUGAUGUCACAGGCUGUUUCAUGAUGUCACAAAGGUCAGCUAACGAUCCCACCUACAUUGAGGUGGCAUAUCCGCAGUGGGAAACACAUUGGAGAAAAGUAGUAGAGAGUCAAGUCAAGUUGAGCCGUACCAUGCAUUGGAUAUGUGGCAACAGAUAUUGCAAGGAGUUAUAUUUCAUAACACAUGAAUGACGAAAGAGCAGCUGGGUGCUUUUAAAAAAAAAAAAAGUCCAGUCACGCAUGCUAAAAUAAUUGACAGAAUUCCAUGUAAUCCUGCUUUAAACAGGGUCCGAACUUAACUGAAUUACCAGUACUUAAUAUUUGUUGACAUUCCCACUGCCAGCUCCACGCAUACUGCCAUAUAAGAGGAUCAACAUAUGUUCAGUGUUAAAUCCUAGGUCUUCAGCUACCCCCAGUGUUAAAAGGUUGUAGGAUUUGGUGGUUUGGUGGGGGGUUAUGUAUUGAGGUCAAGCUUGAAAAGCCGGUUUUGGAGCAUGGAGUUUGACCCAGAAAAAAAAAAAAAAGACUUGCUGGACUUGCUGUCCUGUCUGCCUGCCUGAUGUGCCUUGCUGCCAGGGGAAAGGAGCCAUGUUGUCUUAAAUAGACAGAAUAAACAUAGAGGUGCUACACAGCAGUCCCUUUCCCCUUCAUGUGCAAAAACAGCACUGACUAUAGACUUAAAAUAAAUAUGUUUAAGCUUUUUUAUUUAUCCUGCAGCACAAUGUCCCCUGAGAGAAAGAUAUUUGUGUUUGUUUGAAGUCUGCUGACAAAAAAUAGGACAGUUCUGUAAAUGAGUACUGUCUGCAUCAAAUAUCGUUUGUAUAAAAAUGAGGUGUAGUUUAGCACUGCCAGGCCUUAAAAAAGUCCCUUUUUAGGCUUUCUGAUUUUAAAAACACAACUUAACCUCUUCUAUGAUUUUAUUUCAACCAGUAGUACAGUCGUUUACAGUCGUUUACAGUUUGCAUUACUGCAGUUGGAUUAAAAAAACCUCAGGUGGCUACUUGUGUUAUACUCCUCCUGUCAUUGCAUAGAAAAUAAAUGUAUCAUCACUGCACUUGAAGCUUUUAACAUCAUAGCAGCAACUUCUGCCUCAUAAGCCAUGAAAUAAAAAUAUCUUACAACCCCUAAAAUAGUGUUACAUCACAUCAAAAGCACUUGGUAAACAGUCGUGUGAACGAUGUAUUCAUACACAUUCUGAUAAUAAAAUAACACAUUUAUCACGUUAAAACAAUAUUCUGUAUUACCCAUGUGGGAUAGUGCUAUUGAGUAAAAACACUAAAUGAAAUGUAUUUAUUUCAGUGGUUAACGCACAAAAAAUGUCUUAUUAUUUGUUUUUAUUUCUAAUUGUCUGAAAUCACAUGUAUAUAUUGUAGAAUCUCCAUUUACUGCAUCAUGAUCAACUGUUAGAGCACAGGUUACAUGCUUAUAAAUGUUUCAGUGUGUCAAUGUUUGUACAGUUGCAUCUUCUCCUUAGAUGUGCGCACACACUCAUAAGGAAGCACUUUUCAAUGAGCUUAGCUGCAUUUCUCAUUUGCACUUUUGCAGUCGGACUACUUUCUAUGAUUGUUUAUACUGCUUGUUGCUCCGUUACAUGUAAAUAUACUGUAUGUGUUAGGAUGUGAAUGGCGUUUGGUUAUUUGUCUCAUAAUCUUGUUUCAUCUGUUACAUCCACUGAUUUCUCUUGCACUCUUGCUUUGGUGAAUUUCACUAUGUUGGUAACAGUAAACUGAAGUGAAAAGUGAGUGUGGUUGCAUGUGUAUGAGAGUCACAUAAGAGUUGACCUUUACUGUUUUUCUAUUAUAAUGUCCUUUGUUCUCCUAUUGUAAUAAUGAGUGCCGCUUGCUUUGAGAGACUAAAAAGGAAAUAAAGUUGUCCAUCUUUUAA